AGCUAUAUCUUCCGCCUGAGCUGCACAAGAAUGGGUCAGUGGGCUAUUGGUCAUGUGACCAGUGAAGGGGACAUCGUCCAGACCAUCCCCCAGAAUACACCUCUCUACCAGGCACUCAUUCAGGGCUUCAAGGAAGGAUGCUACCUGUACCCAGAUGGCCGAGAUGUGAACCCCGACCUGACAAGCUUGUGUGAGCCGGCCCACAGGGGCAAAGUCAAAGUUUCAGAAGAGCAGUAUGAGAUUUACUGUGACAUCGGCAGCACCUUCCAGCUGUGUAAGAUCUGCACAGAGAGGGACAAGGACACUCGUAUCCAGCCCUGUGGACAUCUCCUGUGCCAACCCUGCCUCACAGGCUGGCAG